AUGGCGUUGCCUUUGCGUCUGUGCUCUACACUCGGCCAUGUAAACACCAGAGAGGCUGUUAAGAUUGUUUGCUACCCUAUAUGUGUAUUUCCUAAUGUCCAAUCUUGGGCAGGAUACGAGCCAAGCGGUGCCGAGGUGGUGCGGCUGUACGAGGCGCUGGCCCAGGACGGCACCCUGAACCUGGCCUGGCGGUGGGAGCUGGGCCGCCGCCUCCCCACACCGUCCCAAAGUGAUUCCCAGAGCGAGAAGGAAGAGGAAGAGUCGGAGAAAGUGGACACAUCAGGGUUUGACUUUGACGAGGACACCCCCUCCAUGCGGCCCGCCCCUCGCCGCACACCAGGCAGCUCAGGACUCAAGGGCAGCGCCAAGAAGAAGACCACCAACUUUGAGAACAUUCUGGCCAACGUAAGGCGACACAAGAAACUGGAGUUUAGAGAGAAGAGUCGAAGCAGGAAGGAGAGUAAGAAAUAGUAAAGAAAUGUGUGUGUGUGUGGAAUGUUUGGUUAUAAUAGCAGAUAGAUAUUUAAGGAAGAUUGUAAGAUGAUUGGAAAGAUAGUAGUUUUGUACGCGAGGAAAUACUGUAAGUGUGUAUGUGUGUGUGGAAAGAGUAUAAGAACAAGAUUAUUAAGAGGAAAUGAAUAAGGAGACUGAAAAGGAAGAAGUCAUUUGUGUUAAUGUUUAGUUAUAAAAAUAGCAGAUAGAUUGUAAAGAGAUGACAAAAAGAAAGAAGAUAUAGUGUGUGUGUGUGUGGGAAGAUUUUUAAGAACGAAGAUUAUUAAAAAUUAAAAGGAAAAGGAAUAAGGAGAUGACUAUGAAAAGAAAAGUCAUUUAUGUGUGUCUUUGGUUAUUAAAAAAUAUAUAUUGUAAGGAAAACUGUAAGGAGAUGACACUGAAAAGAAAUUGUAUGUGUGUAUGUGUGGAAAGAUUAUAGCAAGAAGAUUAUUAAAGGAAAAGGAGUAAGAUGACUAUGAACAAGAAGAAAUCAUUUGUGUGUAUUUGGUUAUGAAAAUAGCAGAUAUAUUGUAAGGAAAAUUGUAAAGAGUUGACAGAAAAGAAGUGUGUGUGUGUGUGUGUGUGUGUGAAAAGCUUGGUAAUAUUUGGUUAGUGUUAGAAUAAAGGAAAAUUUAAGAGUA